AUGCCAAUACUUGAAAUGCUUCCAAUGUUGGGGUUUCUCUAUCUGUUAAGGGAUACAUUUGUGGGAAAGGAGAUGGUGUGUUCCGCAACUGGUUUUCCUAAACUCGUCUCUCUUUCUUUGGACAAGCUCGAAAACCUUGAAAGAUGGAGGGUGGAGAAAGGAAGCAUGCCCGUCCUUUCAAAGUUGUUUAUUGAAAGAUGUGAGAAGUUAGAGGAGCUUCCGGAAGGUCUAAUGUUCCUCAAUUCACUUCGAGGACUAGACAUAAAAGGAAUGCCUCAAGAUUUCAAUGAUAGGAUUAUAAGCGAAGAUGGUGAAGAAGGACCUGACUUUCACAAAAUUUCUCACGUCCCUAGAGUUGGUAUCGACGGCGAGCAAUACUAUUGA